AUGCACCCUCAUCUUACGGGAAACAAAGUCGAAGCGUGUGGACCGAUUAUCGAAGCUUUACAUGAAUGUCAUCAACGAGGGUUUUGGACUUAUUAUACAGGAGGUUGUAAUGAUAUCAGAAGACAAUUAGAUAUAUGUUUACAUGCAGAACGUAUGAAAAGGUCUUCAGAUCAUGUUCGUGAAGGAAAGCAGAAAAGGAAAGAAUUAGAACAAGUUUGGCGUGAGAAUGGAUCGAGAUAG